AUGCCCGUGUCAGGAUUAGAUCGGCCCAGCGGCAGUGCGAGCUAUGAGGCUCUCAGUGGCAACGUCGAGUACACCGGCCUGGCAGAGGCCCUGCUGUCCGCGUUCCAGGCGGCGGCGCGCCCCACUGCGCGCGGGGGCGUGGGCAGCCCCUCUGGGUCACCGGGUGGCACUGUGACGGGCAGCAUGGACGAGUCAGGGCCGGCCCUGGAGCACCUGGCUCUGCCGGGAGCCGCCUCUGUGGCCGGGGCUGCCAACGCAGCGGCGACGGCCGCGGCCGCUGCAGCAGCAGUCGCGAGUGCUGCUGCCAGCGCUGCAGUGAGCCUGGUGGACGCUGAGGUGGCCAAGGGGGCCAGGAGGGCCGGAGAUGACGUCGAAGGGCGUCCGCGGCGGCAUGACCGUAGCACGGAGGGUCAGCAGCAGCAGCCACGUCAGCACGCAGAUGAGGGGCAGGAGCAGCAGCAGGCGGAGCAGCUGCUUCAGGAGCAGCAAGAGCACGCGCAGCAGGUGGUGACCGCCGCCCAGCUGCGCAUUGAGCGCGAGCUCAACCAGGCGCGCAUCAGGGAGCAGCGGUCAGAGGCGCGGAUUCGCCGCCUGGAAGCGGUGCGGGCGGCGGCCGCCGAAGCCGACGCGCGGUUCACGAGCGCGCUGCUCACGCUGGCGUCGCGGGCUCACUUUUCGUUCCUCACGCCGCGUGAUGUCCAGCUGGCGGCCAGCCUGAACCAGGACUACUGGCUGGGCAACAUCUUCAUCCGCACCAACCCUGCCGGCCUGGACCCCUCCCUGGCGGCGGCGUGCCCCGAGGCCCGCGCUCAGAUGCCUCCCGAGGCAGAGCCUUUGCUCGUGUUCAAGCGUGGCUACAGCAGUGAGCGCUCCAAGGGGCGGCUGACAGUGCAGAAGCUCGAUUACCUCCAGCUGUGGCUCAUCAGGAGCGUCGGCUCGGCACUGGGGGACCUCGCCUCAGGGCUGGCGGACGGGCUCGGCCUCAAGCAGCGCCCAGGGACAGCACGGCCACCCCGCAGUGGCAACACCCCUGAGCGACCCUCUGGGCCGCAGAGCCGCGGCCUGGAUCAGGAUGCGGGGGGCAUGCCGCGCAGCGUCGGAACUGGCAGUGGCAGCGGUGCUGCCGUUGAUGGCGCCCCCGUGCCACCCCCCGCACCACAGCGACCCGCGACACCGGGCCCCCGCGGCCCCAGCCCCUCGCUGAGGCCGCCGCGCUGGCGGGCCAGGAGUGUGGGAUGGGCGCUGCGCGCAGCGGGGCAGCGUGUGGCGCGGGCGCUGUCGGUCGUCGGCCUCCUGCCCCGCAUGGACGUGACACCGCUGACGUCGUUCGACAGUCAGCUGCCCGUGACGGAGCCGCCGCGCCUGGCCCCCCUCUACGUGGAGCGUGUGUCGCUGCCGGACUUUAUGGAUCCCUUGCUGCCGCAGUGGGGUGGGGGCGCCGGCCCCAACACGCGCAGCGGCAGCAGCAACACCAACAGCAGCAAUGGCAGGAACAGCAGUGGUAGCAGCAGCGGCGGCAGCAUCGAAACCACCACCAGCAGCGCUGCCCGCACCGCGUCCCCGUUCCCUGGGCCGCCUGAUGGCGGGGAGGCCGGGGCCCUGGAUCUGCCGCCGCCCGGGCUGCUGUCUGCGCUGGUGUCUCCCGUGUGGCUGGUGGAGCCGUCCUUCAGGGAGGUGCUGGUGGCCUUCAGGAAGAAGCCGCGGAUCAGUGGGUGGGAGCGCUUCAAGGGCGCGCUGCGCGGCAAGGCCCUGCAGCCCAACCCCGCGCGGCCGCCCUCCAUCGAGAUUGUGCUGUACAGCGGCAUACCCCUGCCCGCAUGGCAGAUCGUGUACCCCUCCAAGGUCCUGCAGUUCAGGCCGCUGGACAUCCUCAAGAUAGACCUCUUCGCACUGGUGGGGCUGGCGGCGGCUCUGGGCCAGUCCAAGGUGGACAGCCUGCUGCUCUACGCCAUCACUGCCGUGUCGGCCGGCGCGGCGCUGUCGCGGCUCGUGCUUGGCUACAUCCGCAUCAGGGACAAGUACGGGGCGUUGGUCAGUGAGCUGCUGCGCGACAGGACCGUCGCGGGCAACGAGGGCGCAAUUGAGUACCUGGCAGCCACCGCCGGGCUGCAGCAGUGGAAGCAGGCCGCCCUGGCCUACACGCUGAUGCUGGGGGCGGGGCGGCCCCUGUCUGAGGAGGAGCUGUGUGGCCGGGCUGAGGCCCUGCUGGCCGCGAGGCUGGGGCUGCAGGUGUGCUUCGCGGCCGGGGAGGCCCUGGGAGAGCUGCGGCGGUUUGGGCUGCUGCUGGAGGAGCCGCAGCAGGCGCCAGGGGCGGUCGCGGCGGAGAGAGCCAAGCGGCAGGGCGAAGGUGGUGGGGGCGUCAACGGCCAGGGCACCGCGGACGGGGGACAAGGCGGCCGCCACGGGGCCGAUGCGCCGGCGCCGGCGCCUGCGGCGUCAGCUACAGCUGUGGCUGCGCCCGCCACUGCUCCUCCGUUUGCAAUGCUGGCGCGCGGCCCCCCUCGGCGCUACAGCGUGGUGCCUGCGGGCGAGGGCUGCAAGCUGCUGCGGCGCCACUGGGCUCGGCUCCUGGAGGCCCGGGUGGACGGCAUCAUGCGGGGGCUCGCGUGA